AUGGACAUCGAUGACAUCCUCGCCUCGGUCGACCAGCCCGAUGCUUCCACCCCCCAAUCCACAGCCCUCGACCACCAGCUCCUCACCCGCUUCUGGAUCGCCGAGCGCGGCGUCUCGGAGCUACUACCAUGGCCGGCUGGCCUAAUGGAUCGGACUAUGGAACGAGUCCGACGACAGAUCGAAUCAAUCGAAGACCUCGCCGCCUCCUCCUCAGACCCUUACUCCACCACAAACAGCAACAGCAACAGCAAUAACAACCCCACCCUCAACCUCAAGCUCUCCAUCCUCCAAACAGACCUCUCCAGAACCCAAUACCUCGUCCGCUCUCUCCUCCGCCACCGUCUCUCCAAACUCUCAAAACACAGCAUGUACUACCUGCUCCUCGUCUCGCCCGGUCCUUCCCCAUCCUCCCCUCAAGACGACAACGAAAUCGAUGACCCCCACCCGCAGGACUCCAUCCCGCCUCUCCCCUCAACCCCCUCAAACCCAGAUAGUGCCGCGCCGCUCUCCCCGCAAGAACUCACCUUCCUCCACGCGCACCAAUCCCUCCUCGCCAAACACUACGCUUCGUCUUUCCUGUCUUCCUUCCCGCCCCAGCUCCGCAGGUUGGAUGACAAUGCGGGCGGUACGAGUAUGGUGCAGGCGCCUGAGACGAAGGAGGUUGUUUUCGUGAGGUGUCUUGUGGAUGGGGUGCGUGUUGUGGUCCCUGCUGCUGAUGGGGGCGAGGAUGAUAUCUAUGCGACGGCUAUGCAUGUUGGGGAUGUGGCUGUUGUUAGGUGGGAGGGGGUGAGGGAUGCUUGGGGGAGGGGGGAGGUCGAGGUUUUAUAA